GAUGAAGCCCGGUUUGGGAUUUAUUCGGGAGCCGGCGACUCGCUUGGCUGCGUUACUGCCGGCACCGAGCGGGAGGAGGAGGAGGAGAUGGGGAAUUCGCUGGGCUGCGUUAAAGAGCAGAAGGAAAAAGCCGUGGGAAAGGCACCGCUGUCUCCCAAAAAAAGGGUCCGCUUCAAACGGAGGCGGAGAGGGAAGAGGAGAGCGAUGCCGGAGGCAGCCCCGCAGGAGGAGCCCCAGGCGCUGGAGGUGGCUGAGGAUGAGGAGGCGCCGAAGUCGAAGGCAGCCCCCCGGCAGGAGGGAGGAGAGGAGCCCCGCGGCGGGGACCCCGACCCGUCGGCGCUGCACCCCGGGAUCAUCGUGCAGGUGAAGGAGCGCUUCCAGGGGGAGGUGCAGAAAGCUCGCCUGGUGCUGGAGCCGCAGCGGCCGGGUGUGGCGGGAGCUUCCCGGGAGGAAGGCACCACUGUCAUCGCCCGCCUGCUGGAGAACCCGGCCGAGAAGGACUGCGAGAAGGCGGUGAGCCGGCUGGUCGAGCUGCAGAGGAGCGGCACCGGGAGCUGCUGGGCUGUGCUGCUGCCCCUGCGCGGGGGGACCGAUGGCCACACCGGGGGGCUCCUGUCCCCGGCCAGCGCCGUGUCCGGCGAGGAGGCAGCGAAAAGCCGGGAGCCGGGGGCCGGCAGCGCCCUGGAUGCCUGGGGGAAAGGAGGCAGUGAUGAUCCCAGCUCCAACGCCGCAUGGACCUGCUCCUCCGCUGCAGAGCCGGGCACUGUUUCGGAGCUGUCUACGCCGUCCCCCAUGGUGGAUCAGCUGGAAAACGCCAGCGUGGGGAGAACCUCAGGGUUGCCCUCGUCUCGGUCUGGGGAGGGAGAUGGGCAUGGACUGCCAGCUUCCCGCAGCCCGUCCUCCUUCAGCGCGGCCCGGAGCUCCUCGGGGUACGGCAGCGACCCGGCGCACCGGCCAGCCAAGGGCACAGGAGCUGGUGGGACCACGGUGUCACCCUCUGAUGGUGGCCACAGGCUCGCUGCGGAGGGCUGGGAUUGGAGGGGGAGCUCGGGGACAGCCGGAGCAAUGAUCUCCGACAUCUACAUCAGCGGGGAGCUGGGGGAUAUGUCAGCCAAGGAGAAGCUGCUUCUGUGGACACAAAAGGUGACAGCAGGUUACAUUGGGGUGAAGUGCACCAACUUCUCUUCGUGCUGGAGCGAUGGGAAGAUGUUCAACGCGCUCAUCCACAGAUACAGGCCAGAUCUGGUGGACAUGGAGAGGGUGCAGAUCCAGAGCAACCGGGAGAACCUGGAGCAGGCCUUCGAGAUCGCCGAGCGCCUGGGGGUCACGCGGCUGCUGGACGCUGAAGAUGUGGAUGUCCCCUCUCCGGAUGAGAAAUCCGUGAUAACUUACGUGUCUUCAAUCUACGAUGCCUUUCCCAAAGUCCCUGAGGGAGGAGAAGGGAUCAGCGCUAUUGAGGUGGAUUCGAGGUGGCUGGAAUACCAGACCCGCGUGGAGUCCCUCAUCUCAUGGAUCAAGCAGCACACGAUACUCAUGUCAGACAAAUCCUUCCCCCAGAACCCUGUAGAGCUAAAGGCACUUUAUAACCAGUACAUACACUUCAAAGAAACCGAAAUCCCAGCAAAGGAGCAGGAGAAAGGAAGGAUAGAGGAGCUCUACAAACUAUUAGAGGUAUGGAUUGAAUUUGGACGCAUCAAGUUGCCCCAGGGCUACCACCCCAACGAUGUGGAGGAGGAGUGGGGCAAGCUCAUCAUAGAGAUGCUGGAGCGCGAGAAGCUGCUGCGGCCGGCGGUGGAGAGGCUGGAAUUGCUGCUACAAAUCGCUAACAAAAUCCAGAAUGGUGCUCUGAGCUGUGAAGAAAAACUCACUCUGGCGAAGAACACACUACAGGCUGAUGCUGCUCACCUGGAGUCAGGCCAGCCGGUGCAGUACGAAUCCGACGUGGUCGUGUACCUGCAGGAGUGCGAGGGGCUCAUCCGCCAGCUCCAGGUGGAUGUGCAGAUCCUUCGGGAUGAGAACUACUACCAGCUGGAGGAGCUGGUGUUCAGGAUCAUGAGGCUGCAAGAUGAGCUGGUGACACUGAGGUUGGAAUGCACCAACCUGUACAGGAAAGGCCACUUCUCCACCCUGGAGCUGGUGCCCCCGUCCACACUGAGCACCACACACUUGAAGGGCGAGUCCCUGACGAAGGGGCUCCACACCUCCUCGGCCUCCUGGUUCAGGAAGCCCAUGACCAGGGCAGAGCUGGUGGCCAUCUCCUCGUCUGAAGAUGAAGGCAGCCUGCGGUUCGUGUACGAGCUGCUGGCCUGGGUGGAGGAGAUGCAGAUGAGACUGGAGCGGGCAGAGUGGGGGACCGACCUUCCAAGUGUGGAAUCCCAGCUGGAGACCCAGCGGCACAUCCACACCAGCGUGGAGGACCUGGGCUCCAGCGUAAAGGAGGCCAGGAUGUACGAGGGUAAAAUGUCUCCGAAUUUCCGCGCGAGCUACACGGAGACGCUUGGCAAGCUGGAGACGCAGUACUGCAAGCUGAUGGAAACCUCGAGCUUCCGACUGAGGCACCUCCAGAGCCUGCACGGGUUUGUGUCUCGGGCCACGGCCGAGCUGAUCUGGCUGAACGAGAAGGAGGAGGAGGAACUGGCCUAUGACUGGAGCGACAACAACCCCAACAUUGCAGCCAAGAAGAACUACUUCUCAGAGCUGAUGGCGGAGCUGGAAGAGAAGCAGGACAUCUUCCGCUCCCUCCAAGACACGGCCGAGCUGCUGUCCCUGGAGAACCACCCAGCCAAGCAAACCGUAGAGGCGUACAGCGCGGCCGUGCAGACUCAGUGGCAGUGGAUCAAGCAGCUCUGCCUGUGCGUGGAGCAGCACGUGAAGGAGAACGCUGCCUAUUUUCAGUUCUUCAGCGACGCCCGGGAGUCGGAGACGUACCUGCGGAACCUGCAGGACUCCAUCAAAAGGAAGUAUUCUUGCGACCAUAACACGAGCCUGACGCGGCUGGAGGACCUGCUGCAGGACUCCAUGGAUGAGAAGGAGCAGCUCAUUCAGUCCAAGAGCUCUGUCGCCAGCCUGGUGGGACGAUCCAAAACCAUCGUCCAGCUCCGGCCCCGGAACCCGGAGCACGUUGUGAAGAGCACGAUCCCCAUCAAGGCUGUCUGUGACUACCGGCAGAUCGAGAUCACGAUCUGCAGGAACGACGAGUGUGUCCUGGAGGACAAUUCCCAGAGGACCAAGUGGAAGGUGAUCAGCCCCACAGGGAACGAGGCCAUGGUGCCUUCUGUCUGCUUCCUGAUCCCCCCACCCAACAAAGAGGCCAUCGAGAUGGCCAGCAGGGUAGAACAGUUGUACCAGAAAGUGAUGGCUCUCUGGCACCAGCUGCACAUGAACACAAAGAGCCUCAUCUCCUGGAAUUACCUGCGGAAGGACAUAGCCCUGGUGCAAAGCUUCAGCAUGGAAAAGCUCAGAUCCUUGGCUCAAGGGGAGUGCCAGCAAGCCCUGAAGAGCCUCCAGGCACACUACGAGGAUUUCCUGCAGGACAGCCGGGACUCGGAGCUCUUCUCGGUGUCGGACCGGCUGCGCCUGGAGGAGGAAGUGGAGUCUUCCAAGGAACACAUCCGGCAGCUGCUGGAGUCCAUGGAGAACGAAGACAAGGAUGAGACCGUUGCCAGGACGUACCUCUCCGAGCUCAAGAAUAUCCGCCUGCGCCUGGAGGAGUGUGAGCAGAGGCUCGUGAGCCGAAUCCAGUCCCCGAGCAGCGCCCGAGCAGAUGGCGACACGAUCCAGGAAAACACCAUCCGCAUUGCAGAGCAGGAGCGCAUGCAGGAGGAUCUGCAGCGGCUGCAGUCGGACCUGCAGUUUGUGUCCGAGAGAUGCUACAGCUUCCUCGACAGGGCACCCACGGGGCCCAGCACCCCCCACCUGCGUGCAGAACUGGACUUGGUGGUGAACAAGAUGGACCAGACACAUGGGCUGUCUUCCAUCUACCUGGAAAAGUUGAAGACGGUUGACAUUAUUAUCCGGAACACCCAAGGAGCAGAAUCCCUGGUGAAAGGGUACGAGGUGAAGCUGAGCCAGGAGGAGGCAGUUCCUGCUGACCUGGCGGCCAUUCAGUCUCACAGGGCAGCGUUACAGCAAUGGCUCGGGGAAGUGAAGGACAAGGGCUCCGUCUUCUCCACGCUGGAGGAGGAGAUGGCGAAGGCGAAGGCAGUGGGAGAGCAGCUGUACCGGCUGAGGCAGGAGCGCAACAUCGACCUGGAGCGCUACCAGGAGAAGGGGAGCCAGCUGUGGGAUCGCUGGCAGCGAGUCUGCGCCCAGAUUGAGACCCGCCACACGGAGCUGGAGAGCAUCCAGGAGGUGCUGAGUGAUUACCGGCAGUGCCACAGUGCCCUGAUCCAUUGGAUCGAGGAGAUCACGGUCCAGCAGGAGCUGAUGAAGCCCGGGCAGGCGGAGGACAGCCGGGUGCUGUCGGAGCAGCUCAGCCAGCAAACGGCUUUGGCUGCAGAAAUUGAGAAGAAUCAAGCCAAGCUGGACCAGUGUCAGAAGUUCUCCCAGCAAUACUCGGCCGCCGUCAAGGACUAUGAGCUGCAGCUGAUGACGUACAGGGCCUUCGUGGAGUCGCAGCAGAAGUCUCCCAUGAAGCGCCGGCGCAUGCUCUCGUCCUCGGAUGCCAUCACACAGGAGUUCAUGGAUUUGCGGACUCGCUACACGGCCCUGGUGACGCUGACCACGCAGCACGUGAAGUACAUCAGCGAUGCGCUGCGGCGGCUGGAGGAGGAGGAGAAAGUGGUGGAGGAGGAAAAGCAGGAGCAUGUGGACAAGGUGAAGGAACUCCUGGGCUGGGCCCUGGGCUUGAAGCAGAGUGUGCAAGGCAGGAUGGCUGCUGCUGGGAGCAGAGAGCUGGGUGACAUCGAGAAAUCCAUCUCAGAGCAGCAGGCCCUGAACGAGGAGCUGACUGCAAAGAAGGAGCAGGUCUCUGAGGCCAUCAAAACUUCCCAAAUCUUCCUGGCAAAACACAGCCACAAGCUUUCCCAAGCAGAAAAGGAACAGAUUUCUUCUCAGAUUGGUGCCCUGAAGGAGACCUACCAGGGGCUCUGCAACAAUUCCUCGGAGCAGCUCCAGCAGCUCCAGAGCCAGCUGGCUCAGGAGACAGAGCACAAGACGCUGCAGGAGCAGCAGGCAGCCCGGGCACAGAGCCUGGCCGAGCUGAGCCGCUGGCUGGGCCAGGCAGAGGACACACUGACAGAGCAGCAGAGAGCAGAAGGGGACCUGUCUGCCCUGCAGCAAAGGCAGAGUGAUGUUAAGGAGCUGCAGAGGAACAUCCACACCCGAGCCGCCUCCUUCGCCAGCGUCCUGAAAAGCACAGAGGAGUUUUUGGAGGAGAACAAGGCCAAGAUGGAGCCUGGGGAGCUGGCAGCACUGCAGGAGAACCUGCAGCGUGCCAAGGAGCAGUACCGGUCCCUGCAGGAGAGGACAGAGGUGGCCCAGAAGGAGCUGGAGAGUGCUGUGAGUGCUGCAGUGCAGCAGGAGACUGAGAAGGUGAAAGCUGCCAAAGAGCUGGAGGAGAACAGCAAUAAGAUCGAUUUCCUUUUGAACUGGGUGGCAUCGCUGGAGCAGAGGGGAGGGCUCCCGGAGUACAGACCUCACCCUGCCAAGCAAGAGACAGGGAUGGGCUCUCGGGAUGUUCCUGACGGGCAUGUGGUUGGAGCAGACAGCACUGCCGGGAGCCUGGACGAGCACUACGAGAGGCUGAAGGCCCAGCACCAGGAGCUGCUGUCCCAGCAGCAGGACGUCAUCCUGGCCACGCAGUCGGCGCAGGCGUUCUUGGACAAGCACGGCCACAGCCUGGCCGGGGAGGAGCGGGAGCGGCUCCAGGGCCAGCUGGGCGAGCUGAAGGACCAGUACUCGGCGUCCCUCUCGCAGUCAGAAGCGCGGCUGAAGCAGGUGCAGGUCCUGCGGGAUGAGCUGCACAAGUUCCUGCGGGACCACGGGGAGUUCGAGGCGUGGCUGACGCAGGCGGAGCAGGACCUGGAGGGGAUGUCCAAGGGGGACAGCGACCCCGCGGCCCUGCGGCAGCUGCUGGCGCGCCAGGGCAGCUUCUCCGAGGACGUGAUCUCCCACAAGGGCGACCUGCGGUUCGUCACCAUGUCGGGGCAGAAGGUUCUGGAUGUGGAGGGAGCUGCUGGGGACGCCGAGCCCCAGCUGCUGAUGGCCAAGGGCGUGGUCAAGAGCAAGCUGGAGGACGCAACGCAGAGAUACACCACGCUGCACUCCAAGUGCUCCAAGCUGGGCUCCCACCUGAACACCUUGCUGGAUCACUACCAGCAGUUCCAGGAGGUGGCAGAGUCUCUCAGGACGUGGCUGCAGGAGAGUGAAACUGCCAUUGGGAAGCUGCUCUCGGAGACGGUUUCUUCGGAUCCGGCUGUCCUGCAGAAGCAGCUCGCCAGCACGAAGCAGCUGCAGGGAGACCUGGCUGAGCACCAGGUGCCAGUGGAGAAGCUCCAGAAAGCAGCAAGGUCCCUGCUGGAGAUACAAGGAGAGCCAGCCCCUGACCAUGGGCAUAUUCGGGAAACAACAGAUGCCAUCGUGAGCCGGUUCCAGAGCCUCUCCCAGCAGAUGUCCGAGCGCUCGGACCUGCUGCAGAAAUCCAUCGCCCAGUCCCAGAGCGUCCAGGAGAGCCUGGAGAGCCUCGUCCAGUCAGUGGCUGAGAUUGAGAAGAACCUGGAGAGAGACCAGCCAGCUGAGCUCUCCUCCACCUCCAUCCAGGACUCGCUUGCCACGAGCGUGAAGCUGAAGCAGGACAUCGCCCGGCAGAAGAGCUGCCUGGAGGCCACCCGGGAGAUGGUGAGGCGGUUCAUGGAGGCAGCAGACAGCCCCACGGCCUCCGCCCUGCAGGGCAAGCUGGCCGAGGUCACGGAGCAGUUUGGGAGGCUGUGCCAGCAGCAGCGGGAGCGGGAGGAUGCACUGAAGGGCCUGCUCCCCAAAGUGGAGCAGUUCGAGCAGCUCUCGGAGAAGCUGCAGCAGUUCACGGAGAGCAGGACGCGGAUGUUGGCGUCCGGGAACCAGCCCGACCGCGACAUCGCUCACUUCUCCCAGCACAUCCAGGAGCUGAAUUCAGAGAUGAGGCAGCACCAGGAGGACCUGGCCACCCUGGAGCACCUGGCUGCGGAGCUGAGCUCCUGCGGCUUCGCCCCUGGUGCCUUCCAGCAGCAGGAGAAGCUGCAAAGCCUGAAGAAAGACUUCCUGCAGCUACAGAAGGUGGCAAAGGAGAGAGAAAAGGAUGCGUCGUCCUGCCAGGAGCAACUGGAUGAAUUUCGGAAUCUGGUUGCUGCCAUGAGGAAGUGGCUGAGGGAGAGUGAAGGCAAAGUGCCGCCUGCUGAGACCUCCCUGGGCACCCAGGAGCUGCACCAGCGCAGGCAGCAGAUCCAGGAUCUCCUAGAGGAAUGGAAGGGGAAGGGGGCCCAGGUGGAGGAAAUUGGCCGCAGAGGGACCCUCCUGGAGAACCUGAUCGUGGAGAUUACGGCCCCCGACACCCCACCCAAGGCAGGUGCCGCACUGCCCGUGCCGGGAGGGUCGGUGGGCAGCGUGAACGGAUACCACACGUGCAAAGAUCUGACCGAGAUCCAGUGCGACGUGUCGGAUGUGACCCAGCAGUACCAGGCCCUGGGCACGGCGCUGAGGGAGCGGCAGCAGCAGCUCUCAGCUAUGCUGGAGAAGAUGCAAGAGGUGCAGGAGGAGGCCAGCUCGAUGCUGAAGUGGCUGGAGUCGAAGGAACGGACGCUGUCGGAGCUGGACGCCUCCUCCUCGCCCACCAAGACAGAGACAAUGAGAGCCCAGGCUGAGCACAACAAGGCAUUUCUGGCUGAAUUGGAACAGAAUUCUGGGAAGAUCCAGAAGGUAAAGGAAGCACUUUCUGGCUUGCUGGAGAAAUAUCCAGAUUCCCCAGAAGCAGCGAACUGGAAGAAGAUGCAGGAAGACCUGAAUUGCAGGUGGGAAAGAGCCAGCCAGGCGACGGCCGAGCGGCAGCAGAAGCUGGAGGAGUCGGCAAACCAGCUGGCCACCUUCCAGGCUGCUGAAUCCCAGCUGCGCCCUUGGCUCAUGGAGAAGGAGCUGAUGAUGAGCGUGCUGGGACCCCUCUCCAUCGACCCCAACAUGCUGAACGCACAGAAGCAGCAGGUCCAGUUUAUGCUGAAGGAAUUUGAAGCCCGCAGACAACAGCAUGAGCAGCUCAACCAGGCAGCCCAGAGCAUCUUGACUGGCCCUGGAGAUGUUUCUCCAUCCACUAACCAGGUGCGGGAUGAGCUCCAGGGGGUUAAUCAGAAAUGGUCCGAGCUAACGGAACGCCUCAACUCCCGCUCCAGCCAAAUCGAUCAGGCCAUAGUAAAGAGCACCCAGUACCAGGAGCUCCUCCAGGGCCUCUCAGAGAAGGUGAAGGCAGUUGGGCAGCGCCUGAGCAGCCAGUCUGCCAUCAGCACACAGCCCGAUGCCGUCAAACAGCAGCUGGAGGAAACCAGUGAGAUCCGCUCGGACCUGGAGCAGCUGGAGGAGGAGAUUGCAGAGGCCCAGAGCCUCUGUGAUGACCUCUCCGUCCUGAUUGGGGAGCAGUACCUCAAAGAUGAGUUAAAGAAACGUCUGGAGACGGUGGCACUUCCUCUCAAAGGGCUGGAAGAUUUGGCAGCCGACCGGAUGAACCGACUCCAGACUGCGCUUGCGAGUUCCCAGCAGUUCCAGCAUAUGUUUGAUGAACUCAGGACCUGGCUAGAUGACAAACUGUGCCAGCAAGCUCAGAGCCAACCGAUUUCUGCUAAACUGGAGAGGCUACAGAGCCAAAUUCAGGAACAAGAAGAGUUCCAGAAGAGCCUCAACCAACACAGUGGCUCCUACGAGAUGAUUGUAGCCGAGGGAGAAUCUUUGCUGCUCUCAGUCCAGCCUGGGGAGGAGAAGACCACUCUGCAAAACCAGUUGGUCGGCCUGAAAACACACUGGGAAGAGCUCAGCAAACAGGCUACUGAUAGACACUCUAAGCUCAAGGACUGUUUGCAGAAAGCUCAGAAGUACCAGCGGCACACGGAGGAUCUCCUGCCGUGGGUGGAGGACUGCAAGGCGAAGGUGGCAGAGCUGGAGGUAACUCUGGACCCAGUGCAGCUGGAGGCGACUCUUCUGAGGUCAAAGGCCAUGCUGAGUGACGUGGAGAAGCGCCGGUCCUUGCUGGAGAUGCUGAACAGCGCUGCCGACAUCCUGAUCGAUGCUUCCCAAACGGACGAGGAUGACAUCCGGGAUGAGAAGGCUGGCAUCAAUCAGAAGAUGGAUGCCAUCACAGAAGAGCUGCAAGCCAAGACUGGCUCCAUUGAAGAAAUGUCCCAGAGGCUCAAGGAGUUUCAAGAGAGCUUCAAGAACAUUGAGAAGAAGCUGGAAGGGGCGAAGCACCAGCUGGAGAUCUACGAUGCCCUGGGGCCACAAGCCUGCAGCAACAAGAAUUUGGAGAAGCUCAGGGCACAGCAGGAGGUGCUGCAGGCCCUGGAGCCACAAGUGGAUUAUCUGAAAAACCUCACUCAAGGUCUGGUAGAAGAUGCUCCAGAUGGAUCCGACUGUUCCCAGCUCUUAAGCCAAGCUGAGGUGGCUCAGCAGGACUUCAAGGCCGUGAAGCAGAAAGUGAACGACUGCUGUGCGCUCAUGGAAAACAAGCUGGAAGGGAUCAGCCAGUUCAACAGUCGGGUCAGGGAGAUGUUCUCUCAGCUGGCGGAUCUGGACGAUGAGCUGGACAGCAUGGGCCCCAUCGGGAGAGACUCCGACAGCCUCCAGUCCCAGGCAGAGGACGUCCGCGCCUUCCUGGGCAAACUCCAGAGGCUGAAGGCGGACAUCGAAGCUUCCGAAAGCGAGUGCAAGAAGAUGCUGGAGGAAGAAGGGAGCCCUGAUUUGCUAGGACUGAAACGGGAGCUGGAGACGCUGAACAAACAGUGCAGCAAACUGACAGAGAGGGGCAGGAACCGGCGGGAGCAGGUGGAGACGACGCUGUCCCGCGUCGAGGACUUCUACAGCCGGCUGAAGGAGCUGACCCACAUGACCACGGCGGCCGAGGAGAACGAGGCCUUGCAGUGGGUGGUGGGGACGGAGGUGGAAACCAUCAACCAGCAGCUGGCAGACUUCAAGCUCUUCCAGAAGGAGCAGGUGGAUCCUCUGCAGGUUAAACUACAGCAGGUCAAUGGAGUUGGUCAAGGACUCAUCCAAAGCGCCGGGAAAAACUGUGACGUCCAGGGGCUGGAGCAUGACAUGGAAGAGAUCAACACCCGCUGGAACACCCUCAACAAGAAGGUGGCCCAGCGGGUCGCUCAGCUGCAAGAGGCCCUGUUGCACUGCGGGAAGUUUCAGGACGCCCUGGAGCCGCUGCUGAGCUGGCUGGCGGACACUGAGGAGCUCAUCUCCAACCAGAAACCUCCCUCUGCAGAGUACAAGGUGGUGAAAGCCCAGAUCCAGGAGCAGAAGCUGCUCCAGCGGCUCCUGGAUGAUCGCAAAGCCACUGUCGAGAUGAUCCAAGCGGAGGGCGACCGGAUCGCGCAGUCGGCCGAGCCUGCGGAUCGGGAGAAGAUCGUGGGGCAGCUGGAGAGCCUGGCACGGCGCUGGGCAGGGCUGCUGGGCCGGGCAGCUGCCAGGCAGAAGCAGCUGGAGGACAUCUUGGUCCUGGCAAAGCAGUUCCACGAAACCACAGAGCCCGUGUCGGACUGGCUGUCGGUGACAGAGAAGAAACUGGCCAACUCUGAGCCCAUUGGUACCCAAACUGCCAAAAUCCAGCAGCAGAUCAGCCGGCACAAGGCUCUAGAGGAAGAGAUAGAGAGCCACGCUGCCAACGUGUCUCGGGCGGUCGGGGUCGGGCAGUCCCUCUCCUCCCUGAGCUGUGCCGCCGAGCAGAGGCUGCUGGCAGAGAAAUUAGACUCUCUGCAGGCCCGCUACGGCGAGGUCCACGACCGGUGCUGCCGGAAGGCAGCACUGCUGGCUCAGGCUCUGGCCAACGCCAGGCUUUUUGGGGAGGAGGAGGUGGAAGUGCUCAACUGGCUGGCUGAGGUCGAGGACAAGCUGGGCUCGGUAUCCGUAAAGGAUUACAAACGGGACGUCCUGCAGAAGCAGCAUGCAGACCAGCUGGCUUUGAAUGAGGAAAUUGUGAACAGGAAGAAGAACGUGGACCAAGCCAUUAGAAAUGGACAAGCUCUUUUGAAGCAAACCACAGGGGAGGAGGUGUUGCUGAUCCAGGAGAAGCUGGAUGGGAUUAAGACCCGCUAUUCCGACAUCACCGCCGCCAGCUCCAAAGCCCUGCGCACGCUGGAGCAGGCUCGGCAGCUGGCCACCAAGUUCCAAUCCACACACGAGGAGCUCACCAGGUGGAUGAGCAAGGUGGAGGAGGAGCUGGCCUCCAGUGGGGCACAGUCCCCCGCCGGAGAGCAGAUCCCCCAGUUCCAGCAGCGGCAAAAGGAGCUGAAGAAGGAGGUGAUGGAGCACAGGCUGGUGCUGGACACGGUGAACGAGGUGAGCCGGGCUCUCCUGGAGCUGGUUCCCUGGCGAGCCCGGGAAGGGCUGGAUAAGCUCGUGUCGGACACCAACGAGCGCUACAAGCUGGUCAGUGACACCAUCAAGCAGAGGGUGGAAGAAAUCGAUGCUGCUAUUCAGAGGUCUCAACAGUAUGAGCAGGCAGCUGACGCAGAGCUGGCCUGGGUGGCCGAGACCAAGCGGAAGCUGAUGGCUCUCGGUCCCAUCCGCCUGGAGCAGGACCAGACAACGGCUCAGCUGCAGGUGCAGAAGGCUUUUUCCAUCGACAUCAUUCGUCACAAAGACUCCAUGGAUGAGCUGUUCAGCCAGCGCAACGAGAUCUUCGGGACCUGCGGCGAGGAACAGAAAGCUGUUCUCCAGGAGAAAACCGAGUCCCUGGUGCAACAGUACGAAGCCGUGAGCCAGCUCAACUCAGAGCGCUACGCUCGCUUGGAACGUGCCCAGGUCCUGGUCAACCAGUUUUGGGAGACCUACGAGGAGCUGAACCCGUGGAUCGAGGAGACUCAAGCCCUCCUCUCCCAGCUGCCACCUCCAGCCAUCGACCACGAGCAGCUCAAGCAGCAGCAGGAUGACAUGAGGCAACUGAGGGAGUCCAUCGCUGAACACAAACCUCAUAUCGACAAGCUGCUGAAAAUCGGGCCGCAGCUCAAGGACCUCAACCCCGAGGAAGGAGAGAUGGUGCAGGAGAAAUACUCCACGGCCGAGGCCACGUAUGCCAAAAUCAAGGAGGAGGUGUGCCAGCGGGCCCUCGCGCUCGACGAGGCCGUCUCCCAGUCCACCCAGUUCCACGACAAGAUCGAGCCCAUGCUGGAGACGCUGGAGAACCUCUCCUCCCGCCUGCGGCUGCCGCCCCUCAUCCCCGCCGAGGUCGAUAAGAUCCGGGAGUGCAUCAGCGAGAAUAAAAACUCCACCGUGGAGCUGGAGAAGCUGCAGCCCUCCUUCGAGGCUCUGAAACGCCGUGGGGAAGAGCUGAUCGGUCGGUCCCAGGGAGCAGACAAGGACCUGGCAGCCAAAGUAAUCCAGGACAAGUUGGAUCAGAUGGUUUUCUACUGGGAAGACAUCAAAGCUCGGACAGAGGAACGUGAAAUGAAGUUCCUUGAUGUCCUGGAGCUUGCAGAGAAGUUCUGGUACGACAUGGCAGCCCUCCUGACAACCAUCAAGGACACACAGGACAUUGUUCAUGAUCUGGAGAGCCCAGGCAUUGACCCCUCCAUCAUCAAGCAGCAGGUGGAAGCAGCAGAGACUAUUAAAGAGGAGACGGAUGGGUUGCACGAAGAGCUGGAGUUCAUCCGCCUCCUUGGAACUGAUUUGAUUUUUGCCUGUGGCGAAACUGAGAAACCAGAAGUGAAAAAGAGCAUUGAUGAGAUGAACAACGCGUGGGAAAAUCUAAACAAAACGUGGAAGGAGAGGCUGGAAAAGCUCGAGGAAGCGAUGCAGUCGGCUGUGCAGUACCAAGAUACGCUUCAAGCCAUGUUUGACUGGCUGGACAACGCUGUGAUCAAACUCUGCAACAUGUCACCUGUUGGCACCGACCUCAGCACGGUCAAGGAGCAGAUGAAUGAGAUGAAGGAGUUUAAAAUGGAGGUUUACCAGCAGCAGAUUGAGAUGGAAAAGCUUAAUCACCAAGGUGAACUGAUGCUAAAAAAGGCUACGGAUGAGACAGACAGGGACAUCAUUAAGGAACCACUGACAGAGCUGAAACAUCUCUGGGAGAAUUUGGGCGAGAAGAUUGCUCACAGACAGCACAAGUUGGAAGCAGCUCUGCUGGCACUUGGCCAGUUCCAGCACGCCUUGGCGGAGCUGAUGGCCUGGCUGACCCACACCGAGGAGCUGCUGGACGCCCAAAAACCCAUCAGUGGAGACCCGAAAGUCAUCGAGGUUGAACUCGCAAAGCACCAUGUGCUGAAGAACGACGUCCUGGCCCACCAAGCAACUGUGGAGACAGUGAACAAAGCAGGGAAUGAGCUGUUGGAGUCGAGUGCAGGGGACGAUGCCAGCAGCCUGCGGAACCGCCUGGAGAAGCUGAAUUCCUGCUGGGAGUCAGUGCUGCAGAAGACAGAGGAGAGGGAGCAGCAGCUGCAGUCCACUCUCCAGCAGGCUCAGGGUUUCCAUGGUGAGAUUGAAGACUUCCUCCUGUGGCUAACGAGGAUGGAGAGCCAAUUGUCGGCAUCAAAACCCACAGGAGGUCUGCCAGAAACUGCCCGGGAACAGCUCAAUGCCCACAUGGAGCUGUACAGCCAGUUCAAAGCCAAGGAGGAGGUCUACAGCCAACUGCUGGCCAAGGGGCGGCUGAUGCUGCUCAACCGCGACGACUCUGGCUCCGGCUCGAAGACGGAGCAGAGCGUGGCACUGCUGGAGCAGAAAUGGUGUCUGGUCAGCACCAAGAUGGAGGAGAGAAAGGCGAAGCUGGAGGAGGCGCUGGCCCUGGCCACGGAUUUCCAGAACUCCCUGCAGGACUUCAUCAACUGGCUGACACUGGCUGAGCAGAGCCUGAACGUUGCACCCCCGCCCAGCCUCAUCCUCGCCGCGGUGCUGGCCCAGAUCGAUGAGCACAAGGUGUUUGCCAACGAGGUGAACGCGCACCGGGAUCGCAUCAUCGAGCUGGAUCAGACCGGGAACCAGCUAAAGUUCCUCAGCCAGAAGCAGGAUGUGGUUUUGAUCAAGAACCUGCUGGUGAGCGUCCAGUCCCGCUGGGAGAAGGUUGUCCAGCGCUCCGUGGAGCGAGGAAGGGCUCUUGAUGAUGCCAGGAAGCGAGCCAAGCAGUUCCACGAAGCCUGGAAGAAGCUGAUUGACUGGCUGGAGGAUGCAGAGAAUCACCUGGACUCAGAGCUGGAGAUUUCCAAUGAUCCUGACAAAAUCAAGCUCCAGCUCUCCAAACACAAGGAGUUCCAGAAGACUCUGGGUGGAAAGCAGCCUGUCUAUGACACCACCAUCAGGACAGGCAGAGCCCUCAAGGAAAAAGCCUUGCUUCCAGAUGACACUCAAAAGCUGGACAAUUUACUGGGAGAGGUCCGGGAUAAGUGGGACACAGUGUGUGGAAAAUCUGUGGAAAGGCAGCACAAGCUGGAAGAAGCCCUGCUGUUCUCUGGGCAGUUCAUGGAUGCACUGCAGGCCUUGGUGGACUGGCUCUACAAGGUGGAACCCCAGUUAGCUGAAGACCAGCCUGUCCAUGGGGACCUGGAUCUGGUCAUGAACCUCAUGGAUGCUCACAAGGUGUUCCAGAAGGAGCUGGGGAAGCGCACGGGGACGGUCCAGGUGCUCAAACGCUCUGGCCGGGAGCUCAUCGAGAACAGCCGGGACGACACGACCUGGGUGAAGGUGCAGCUGCAGGAGCUGAGCAACCGGUGGGACACGGUCUGCAAGCUGUCAGUGUCCAAACAAACCCGCCUGGAACAGGCCCUGAAGCAGGCAGAGGAGUUCAGGACAGCUGUGCACAUGCUGCUGGAAUGGCUCUCGGAGGCAGAGCAGUCCCUGCGUUUUCGGGGAGCGCUGCCUGACGACGCUGAGGCACUGCAGGCCCUCAUCGAUGCCCACAAGGAGUUCAUGAAGAAAGUGGAGGAGAAGAGGGCGGACGUGAACGCGGCGGUGGGAAUGGGGGAGGUCAUCCUGGGCGCCUGCCACCCCGACUGCAUCACCACCAUCAAGCACUGGAUCACCAUCAUCCGAGCCAGGUUCGAGGAGGUUCUCACGUGGGCAAAGCAGCACCAGCAGAGACUGGAGUCUGCGCUUUCCGAGCUGGUGGCGAAUGCAGAGCUGCUGGAAGAGCUCCUGGCUUGGAUCCAGUGGGCUGAGACAACCCUGAUCCAGCGGGACCAGGAGCCCAUGCCACAGAAUAUCGACCAGGUCAAAGGCCUCAUCUCCGAGCACCAGUCCUUUAUGGAGGAGAUGACACGGAAACAGCCAGACGUGGACCGGGUGACAAAGACGUACAAGAGAAAAGCUACUGAGCCUCCCCAUGGGCCCUUCAUCGACAAGUCCCGCAGCAACAGAAAAUCCUUGGGUCAGGCCGCCCCCCCCAGCAUGCCCAUUAUCUCCCAGUCGGAAACGAAGAACCCCCGGAUAAACCAGCUCUCGGCACGCUGGCAGCAGGUCUGGCUGCUGGCCCUGGAGCGGCAGAGGAAGCUCAACGAUGCCCUGGACAGACUGGAGGAGCUGAAGGAGUUUGCGAACUUCGACUUCGACGUCUGGCGGAAGAAGUACAUGCGCUGGAUGAACCACAAGAAAUCCCGCGUCAUGGACUUCUUCCGGCGCAUCGACAAGGACCAGGACGGGAAGAUCACCCGGCAGGAGUUCAUCGACGGCAUCCUGGCUUCCAAAUUCCCCACCACGAAGCUGGAGAUGACGGCGGUGGCCGACAUCUUUGACCGCGACGGCGACGGCUACAUCGACUACUACGAGUUUGUGGCUGCUCUCCAUCCCAACAAGGACGCCUAUCGCCCCACCACUGACGCUGACAAGAUCGAGGAUGAGGUCACCAGGCAAGUGGCCCAGUGCAAGUGUGCCAAGAGAUUCCAAGUGGAGCAGAUCGGCGAGAACAAAUACCGGUUCUUCCUCGGCAAUCAGUUCGGCGAUUCCCAGCAGCUGCGGCUGGUCCGUAUCCUGCGGAGCACGGUCAUGGUUCGUGUCGGAGGGGGAUGGAUGGCCCUGGAUGAAUUUUUAGUGAAGAAUGAUCCGUGCAGAGCACGAGGACGGACCAACCUUGAGCUCCGGGAGAAAUUCAUCCUGCCGGAAGGAGCCUCCCAGGGAAUGACCCCGUUCCGGUCGCGAGGCCGGAGAUCCAAACCAUCCUCCCGAGCAGCCUCCCCAACACGAUCCAGCUCCAGCGCCAGCCAGAGCAACCACAGCUGCGCCUCCAUGCCAUCCUCCCCCGCCACUCCAGCCAGCGGAGCCAAGACUCCACAUCACUUCUCUCGAUGUUAUGACAAACCCUGGUUGAUAAACAGUAAAGCGGGCACCCCCCUGAGGGGAUUCGAUUAUUCCGACUUCCAGCUCCCGAGCGCCGAGGUGACCCCCGCGGCGGGCAGCAAACUGAAGCGACCCACCUUCCACUCCAGCCGAACCUCCCUGGCUGGGGACACCAGUAACAGCUCCUCACCAGUCUCUACAGGUGCCAAAACCAGUCGGGCAGAUCCUAAAAAAACAGCCAGUCGUCCCACGAGCCGCGCCGGGAGCCGCACGGGGAGCCGGGCCAGCAGCCGGCGGGGCAGCGACGCCUCCGACUUCGACCUGCUGGAAACGCAGUCGGCGUGCUCGGACACCUCGGAGAGCAGCGUGGCUGGCGGGCAGGGCAGCUCCCGCCGGGGCAUGGCCAAACCCUCCAAAAUCCCAACCAUGUCCAAGAAAACGACCACUGCCACCCCGAAAACUCCAGGCCCUAAAAGAUAAUACUGUACCCACGCCCUCCUGAGAGGAGAAACCCAACCUGUGUCCAGUUUUUAACCCUGCUCCGUACAUUGGAUGUAUAUUUAUCUAAAUGGGAGAAACUAUAUUGUUAAAAGUGUAAAAGAAAGUUGUGUUAUGAAGCUGCCUUAUUUGGUUUUUUUUUUUUUCGUUUUUUGUAAGUUACUAUUUUCAUGUGAAUAUUUAUGUAGAUAAAAUUUGCCUCUCGGUGACCCCUGUUCAGAGAGGGGCCUGGAAAACUGAAACGUGGAAGAGAAAGAAAAACAAACAAAAAAAAAAAAAAGAAAAAGAUUUAAAAAAAAAAAAGGAAGCAAAAAAAAAAAAAAAAAGGUCAAGAUGUGAAAGUGUAAAGAAAAACUAAAAUAUAAAUAGGAUUUCUGCGCGGUGCAGGGUGUGAACCUGCUUUAUCUUUUAGGAUUGUUUCCUAAAUGUCUUUAUAAACUUGCUGUCUCAGCAAGGUAAAUUAUAUUUAAAAGCAAAGACCUGAAUCCUGCAGUGUUCAAGGAACUCUCUUUUUGUAAAUCACAGAUACCUCAACCAGAGAGACAUGAGGUGAGGGGACUUGGGGCUUAUGUUUCCAUUUUUUUUAAGCUAUGUGGUUUUACCUGAAGAAAGCGGAGUUUGACUUAAUAAAAUUUGCACACACUACAGCUAAGGUCGUGACAAUUCUGUCCUGAAAAUACUGUCCCGACAGCUUUGUUUUUAAAGAACAAACUGAUGGGGAGGGGUUUGGGGAAGGGUCUGAGGAGGGGGUUCACGCCGAAGCCGGCUGGAGGAGAGCACGCGGGUACGAUUGCAGGUCUGGAUCACUCGGAUACACCCCUUCUUAGAGGUGGUGGGUCUCCAAAUUCAAGGAUUCUUCUGGAUUGAUGGCUUAAAAGAGCCCGACGCGAGGCGUUCCUUACACAAUCGCUAUUUAUCUGCAUCUCUUUGUUUCCUAUUUAUUAUUUAACUGGUCAUUCCACUUCCAACCAGGCUGAGGUUGAUGUGAACUCUGCUCCUAGGAGAAAUCUGGACUUACACGCACAGUUGCUUGUCCUUGAAAUGAGUCUCACCAGCACACUCGCUGCAAGUCCUGUCUCGCUUUUGUACGCUACUUUUUCUUUGUAAUAAAAUCAAACUGACCAAGUGACCAGGAGACGGGCCGGGGGCCAGGGCUCUCCACAGCUCCUGUAUUUAUUAAAUAUUGUUCCUCUCCGGCCCUGACCGUGUUGCUGUGUGAUUCUCUCAAUUUGGUUUAAAAAUUGAGGCAAAACUGAAGCUCUACCAAUGAAUUGUUUAAAAAACCAGACACAUUUUUGUAUUAAACUUGCUUGCGGUAAUAAACAAUCUUGCCUCCUA